GGGAAAGGGAAGAGAGCAAAGUUACUGUUGCAUUUAACACAAGAAUUAAGCUUACAUGGUAACUUUUCAUUCCAUUCAAUUUUCCAUGUUCAAACCAGCCACUUGGAAUGGACUAAUGUUGUUGGACCCCUGAAGAGCCAAGCAACAGCCACGGGGUCCCUGAAUAUAGCUACUGAUGUCCAAAGAGCUGGAUUCUCCUGCCAGCUGGUGUGGCUUUGCAGGCAGCCAUGAUAUAAGAGGAGCACAGGAAAAAUGUGCGCCAGUCUACUAUGCUCAUGAUAAAUUGGAUGACUUCAUCAACGUUAUAAACACCCAUCUGCAGCCUCUGUUUAUGCAGAUCCGGAAAGGAAUAUCUGAAGACGACGGGAGAGCCCAUUACGCGCUGGUUAAUCUGGCGGAAACUGAAAUAACUAAAAUGGCAUCUGACUAUGCAGAAAAUGAGUUGGAAUUGUUCAGAAAAACUAUGGAUCUGAUUAUCUGCUCAGAAAAUGGCUUUGCAUCUUCCACAAACAUUCUGAACCUUGUUGACCAACUUAAAACAAAGAAAAUGAAGAAAAAGGAUGCAGAGCAAGUGCUGAAAAACUUGGUGCAGGAUAAGUGGCUUUCUGAGAGAGAAGGGGAGUACACUUUGCACACUCGCUGCAUAAUGGAGAUGGAGCAGUACAUACUUAACAACUACCAAGACAUGGCAAGAAAGUGCAACAUCUGUCACAGCCUUGCCAUUCAGAGUCAAGUGUGUGAAACCUGUGGCAUUGGAAUGCACUUACCUUGUGUUGGAAAAUAUUUCAAAGCUCAGACUGAGCCACGCUGUCCCCAAUGCAAUGAUUUCUGGCCUCAUGAAAUUCCAGAGAUAAAUUGGACAGAUUCCCAGCUGCCCUCCAACUCCCCUGGGGAGAGAAGGAGAGCCUCAUCCUCAAGAACAAGGCGGCGUUAGAAAGAGCAGCUAUUCAGUUUUAGCAUGAAGAUGUCAUUCUGCAAGCGGGAAUGCCUGUGGGACAAAAGCAGCUGCUGCUUUAUAGAUUUUAUUCUGUAAAAAACCUUGCCAGUGUGAAAAUAAAACUUCUACUUUGGCCUCCCUGCUCCACGGUCCAGCUUGGUGCCAGCACCACUGCAGUUAGUGCAGCUCUCUUGUUAAGCACCCAUAGCCACAUGGCUGUUGGUGAGGGCCCUGUGUCUGGGGAAGAGCAGAAGACUGGACUGCUGGAGGCUGAGUUCUCUUAGCCUGAAUGGAGCCUUGUCCAGCCAAGUGGCGUGGACCUGCUGCAGCAUGUUCUGUGCAAAUCCCCCAAGCUGGGCUCCACGCUUAUGCUGCGCACACGCUGUAACUGUUUGGAAGUAGGUGAAGUCCAUGCACUUUGUUGGUGAAAUGCUGUCUAUGCCCCUGACAGGACUAGUGCAUCUUACUUGUGAAUUCCAGCCCUUCACUCCCAGCCUCCCUAUUUCCUGCACUCUUUAACUGCUACAAACCUGACAGAGGUGGCACCAGGUGCACAGCUUGAGGUUUCUCAAGGUUUAGGAACUUGUUUUAAGUCUUUUUUUUUUUUUCUUAAUCCCUCAAUGUCCUGAUAGUUUCUGGUUAUAAUAAAUUGCAAGGCAUGCACUUUUGCUGUAUCUUCUCUUCUUUGAUCUUAACCUUCCUGCAGCCUUACAGCUUCUCGGGGAAGAGGCACGUGCAGGUGGUCUUCUCAUCUCAGUGUGCAGGGACUGGAAGUUGGUUACUGCUCCUUCUCUUACAUUUUUUUCACAUAAUACCCCAGAAAUUGGUG